GGCAGCGUUUUAGAGGUAUCGGAUUUUGAUAUAUCGAUAUGGGAUCUUCUGAAGCCAGCACACGUCGUCGAGUAAAGUUGUACAUGUUGAAUGAUGAACGACAAUGGGAUGAUAAGGGCACUGGUCACGUGUCAGCAUUGUAUACUGAGCAGGAGAACAUGGCCCUAGUAGUAAUUUCAGAGACAGAUGGGUCUUAUCUUCUUGAGUCAAAAAUACAGCCAGAUACAGCGUAUCAAAAGCAGCAAGAAACACUAAUUGUCUGGUCAGAAGGUGAAAAUAUGGAUUUAGCUCUAUCUUUCCAAGAAAAGGUUGGUUGUGAUGAUGUAUGGGAAAAAAUUUGUGCUGUACAGGGAAAGGAUCCAUCGGUAGAGAUUACUCAAGAGGUUGUUGACGAGUCAGAUGAUGUUGAUGACACAGAUGGGUAUACACCGACAAUGAUGCAAAGUAUUCAACCUCUUAGUCUUCCACCUUGUGAACUGAGCCGUCUUGAAGAAGUUGUUGACCUAGUUAGUCAAGCUGUCGCAUCACCUCCAAAACGCGAGCGAUUGGUGGCCUUUUUAGAGUCAACUAAUUAUCUCCAUCAGUUAGUCGAUGUCUUUCACAAGGCAGAAGAUCUGGAAGAUAUGGAAUCGUUGCAUCAUCUUUACGAAAUAAUGCGACAACUUAUAUUAGUAAACAAACAUAGCCUUUAUGAAAGUUUAUUCGCUGAUGAUAUGCUGUUGGAUGUGAUUGGUAUUUUGGAAUACAAUCCUUCUGGGCGCACUAAACAUCGUGAUUUUCUCAGAAAUAAGGCUACUUUCAAAGAAGUUUUGCCUUUGCAUAAUACAGAUUUAGUGACAAAAAUACAUCAAACAUAUCGCGUUCAGUACAUACAAGACUGCUGUCUCCCACCUCCUUGUUUAUUCGACGAACACACUCUUUCCCAACUUAAAGCAUUUGUUUCUAUAAACAAGAUGGAAAUUAUUCGGGCUCUUCAAGAAGAUGAAGAGUUUAUGUGCCGGCUUUUUACACGUUUGAAAGCGGCGGAUACAGACCUAACUCAUCGCAGAGACCUAUCGCUCUUUGUAAAGGAAUUUUGUAAUAUUUCCAUCCAAACAGAUCAGAAAGAAAGUUUUCUCAGUUGUUUACUUCAACAUGGAGCACUAAGAACAGCUGAAGUACUCCUCGCAAUUGAUGAUCGAGAUAUAAAGUCAGCGGCUCUCGAGAUUCUCCAGGCAUUUAUUGAGCACCAGCCCUCUGUUGUGCGUGAAUAUGUCUUCAGAGAAACUGCUCCGUUCCGAAAAGACGAUGAAUUACUCAUUAAUCUUAUGAUAAGUCAAUUACUCACUGAUCCAGAUCCAGGUAGGUUUGUCUAUAGAUUAAUAUUCAAGACACUUUUUGUAGAACUUAGUGAUGCUUUCCUUUUGGGUUACAUGUUGCGCAUUCUUAUCGAUCCAGACAAUAUGAACAAUUCCGGUGUCCGUAGCGAAAAAACAGAUUUUCUCAGUUUUUUCUAUAAACGAUGCAUCAAUACACUUGUUCGUCCAUUAUUUGAUAAUACUUCAAAAGAUACACUGGAGAAAGAUGAUUAUCACACUGCAUUAGUUUUGAACCAUAUAAUUGAAUUGCUCACGUUCUGUAUUGAAACUCAUACAUACCACAUGAAGAAUUACUGCUUUAAUCGUGAUCUACUAAAACGUGUUCUCGUUUUAUUGCUAUCAUCUCAUAAAUUCCUUGUGUUAGCUGCUUUACGUCUUCUAAGACGUGUUGUCCAUAUGAAAGAAGAAUUUUAUAAUCGUUAUUUGAUCAAAAACAAUCUUUUUAAACCAGUUUUGAAGCUCUUCGUUUCCAACGGAUAUCGUUACAACCUGUUGGACUCAGCUAUUAUCGAACUUUUUGACUAUAUUCGCUCUGAAGAAAUAACUUCAUUAAUUACCCAUAUAAUAGAAAAUUAUUGGGAUAUUUUGAAAAAUAUAAAUUACGUACAAACGUUUACCGAUCUAAAACGAGCAUACGAUCACAGUCAUCGUUCAGUUAGGACUGUUGUUGGAACUGUGACCCAGCAAGCGACAUUAGAUGUGCUUUCUUUGACUUCUACGCGUUUCCAACGUGAUGCACGUGCACUAGAGAUGGAAGAAGAACAAUGGUUUGAUCAGGAUGAAGAUGAGGAAGAGGAAGAAGAUGGAGAUAACCUAUUCCCACAACACUCGCCAACAUUGCUCAAUAGAACGACAAAUGCUUCUGCUAGUGCAAGUGAACCUACUGUUGGAAGUGGUUUGUCAAAUCUCCCUUCAUAUGGGCUACAUUCUGUAAUCACUACUUCGUCAGAUUUAUUGGGUAUUGUUACGUCUUCAGAUACGCAAUCUAGUUUGGUUUCUUUAUCAUCCUCGGUCGCACCAAGCAAUUCUAGUCUUGAUUCAUGCGCUAGUGUUCUGCCUCAUCCACCCAGUUUUUCACCGAAAUCUGUAAUGGAUAAUUUAACUGACAAUUUAUGCAUACCUCCACGUUCAGGAUCUCUGUGCGAUAGACUUCGUGUACGUCCUCACACUGUUCUUUUGAAUGAUGAUAAUGAGUCUUCUGCAGCACGUCUUAAUUUUGGUCGUCAAACUCCUAUAGCGAUUCAUAUCAAAUCAUUGUGUAGAGAGAAAAUAGAAACAAUGAGUGAUGGAUUUGAAAUAAGUGGUCGAUUAAAUCCAUCUUUAUUAGCGUCAGAUACCAGUUUAUCAAGCGCCAGAAAUCCUAACCAUAUUGAUGAUAAUGAAUAUAAAGAAAAUGUAACCGGUUCGAAUUCAAGUGAUGCACAAAACUCAUCAGUAUCAAGUCCCAUUAUGUCUGAUAUUUCCCAUAAAAUAAAGCGAAAUCAUAUCGAUCCUCCUGUUGAAAAUGAGGACUGCAAUUUAGUCCAGGUAAAACGUUUGAAAAAAUCUAGACAGUCAAGUAACAAGUCAUCAUCCCAAGAUUUUCACCUACACAAAGAAACAGUUAUCUUGGAAAACAGCUACUCUGACAAACUUCCUCAUGAGACAAAUAAUACAAAAUCAUUUGAGGUGGGUUAAUUGUUUUAAUUUCUCAUCAGUGAGGUGUUUAAGCGAGUAGUUGCUUAUUUUAGAUUCGCUUUAUUAUAAUCAAGAAACUAUUUAUGUUAGUAAAAUACUUUUAAAUAUUCAUCAGUGCUUAAAAUUGCAUUUCAGUAUACACAUACUUACGCCCGUUACUUCUAAUGGAGCAUAGGCCUCCGACCAGCAAGUAUCCACAUAUGUGUACAUAUUUAAUCCUGCUUUUAAAUCGAAAUAUUGUAAUAAUAUGAAGCGAAUGAGUAUUAAUGUAAUCUACCAACAUCACUCAUUUUCAUCCUAAAUGUGCAUAAACUCUUUAUGUUAUCGGAUUAAAUGUGGUGGACUGAGUAAUAGUCAACAAACUAAAUUGAUGAGCUACAGAUUUCUAAUAAAUUUGUUUCGUUACUCUGUUUAUCGAAAGGGUUGAUUAAUAAUCUUAUUACAUACCUCAUACUCAGUAGAUGGGAUUUACACUGAAAUGAUAAAGCUGAGCGAAACUAAAUUAAAACAUAUUACAAACGGUUAUUGUGAUCGAUUUUGUAUUAUUUAUUUCUAACACAAAAUUCUUGCAUUAUAGGCUUAAAGAUAUCUCCUACAUAAAAUAAAACGAAGAAACAAGGAACAUUAUGUGAUGAAUAGCAAGAGUUAGAAGUAUUAAAGAACUUUGGGCGCAACCCAAAUAUACUUUGUUCGAUUCAAAGAAACAUCUUAAUUUCUAUGAAGAAUACAUUUAAAAAAUGAUCAUAGGAUCACUGGUUUAUUAUGUAGGCCAUUCAUUUCGAUUGACAUGGUUUGUAUAAAAUCUGGGAUUCUCCUUAGAUGUUUAAACCAAGCAGGUGAUUCUUUCAUAGAAUCAAUCUCUGGACCUAUGGUCUACAGUUUUAUUAUGUAGCAACAUACUGACUUAAAUCCACUUGGUAUUGCUUGCUUGUAUCUUCCUAUUGUUGUUAAGGACUGCAAUUUAUCAGUCUCAAAUAGGACGAACGGCGCGUCCUGGAUUCCACUGCUAGCCACCGUCAAUCUUAACAUACUGACUAUUAUGAAUGACGAUAAGUUAACCAUAAAAUACAAAUCUUCUGUUUAACUAUAUAUAUUACAUUUACAAUUGAUUGAUCACUGCGUAGUGAUCAAUGUCAUGUAUGUCAGUCCCUUCCUAGUGCAGAUAGAUCUAAUCUCCAAAGUUGUAAUUUGGCCACUAGUCUAGGUGACUUGACAUUGCGUGCACCAUGUUGAGAUAAGAUGGUAGUUGGAGGUGGUCGACAGGAAACCCUGGACCUAGGUUUAGUACCAUUUGGCACUCGUCAACAAGGUGUACCUGUGAUCUUGAGGGAACGGAUGCUCACUGGCUGAUGCGAUCCCUUAUCACCCAGCUUCGCAGUCAGAGACGUUAACACGUGGUCGAUAGGAUUCGAUCUGCACUAAGAAGGACCUGACACACAUGACAUCGAUCAACACCCAGUGAUCAAUCAAUUGUAAAUACAUAGUACAACUUAUUUCGCCGAGUUCUAGAACCAAUGCUUUGACUUCAAAGCGAUGAUUUUUAAACUCGAGCAUUCCAGUGGCGUGAAGGCAGUGAGUUAAACUUUGUAUGAGGGUAUGCCUCACUCUAUUGCACUUGAACAUUUGUGGAAUACACCGCAUUUUCAAUUUCCUCUGAUGUUUUAACUGGGACUGAUAUUGUUUAUCUAUUUUUUAUGAAUGCAUGGUAAAUAUAUAAAAUCUAUUAACACAUCGAAACCUCAUAGUAAGUCCAAAAAUCAUGUAUUUUAUUUUGAGUUGUUUGUGUCUAUUGUAUGUUUUUGAUUGGUGCAAUAAAUGACAUAAUCCCUGUAACAAUCAUAAAAGAGUAACAUCACAUGUUCUAUCAAUAAUUCAUUUGACCUAUGCUUGUAGGUUAUAGAAGCUGAUCCAUUGUCUCCUAUUGGUUUGGUGGAUUAUUCAGAUGAAGAAAGUGAGGAAGAGGAACAAAUAAAAGACAAAAAUGACCACAUUCAAUUUGAAGAAAAUCAAACAUCAAAUAAUGACGUUGAUGGGUCUCAUCACAACAUAUCGGAUGUUUCAUCCAGUCAAGUGGUGACAGAUGUAGUCUAAAAUUGUACAAAGUUGUUAAGCAUCCAUUCCUUACUUUUUACAAAAGUGAUGAGACGUCGAAAUGAACCAUUUCUGUGCCUUUGUCUUACAACUUAAAGGAAUAUUUUUUUAACAAAAGUGAUUUCAUCAAUUUUGUUAAAACCACCAACCAUCCAGGUUGAGAUGCUUAAGACAUUGGCUAUGCCAGUGGUUCUUCGUCAUUUCUCCUUUAAUUUCCAUCUUCAGUAAAUGCGCCAAACUUCUAAUUUUUCCUGUCUAUUACCCAGCGCGCAUUUUGUAUAUAGAAACAUUGUAUUGAUUGACUGGGGGAUCUAAAAAUAAUUUUAUGUAGAGAAAUGUUUGUAUAACUAAUAGGCAUUUGCCUUUUGUAAAUGCGCUUUGUUUAAUAAUGUUUAUUGUAGACACCUCAAAUUGUUUCAGAAUUUUUUUCUCAAUCCGUCAAUUGAAAUGAAUAUAUCAUAACACAUGUCUU